AUGGCUGCUUCAUUACCUGGGACUGACCAUAACCUGCCCUUCUCGCAGCCUGUUUGUCAGAACUGCCAGACCUCGACCACCCCCCUAUGGCGACGCGACGAAGCCGGUUCGGUCCUCUGUAACGCUUGCGGACUUUUCCUCAAACUCCACGGCCGACCUCGCCCAAUCAGUCUCAAGACAGAUGUCAUCAAGAGUCGCAACCGAGUCAAGACUUCGAACCAAGGGCCCAAGAAAAAGUUGGAACAAAAUGGUCUUCACACCGGGCAAUCUGACCUGGCAACUCCGCCCAAUGGAGCCAAUGCUCAUCGACGCGUCUCACAGAUGGCCGCUUCUGUAAUCUCUGACCGGUCGCGUUCCCCCGUGUCGCGAACAGGGACGCCUGUUGUUCAACAUGAUCCGAACAUUGCACCGCAACACGUUUUUGAUGGUAUAGUGGCAAUGCCCGACCACCACUUCGCCAACGGAUCUCCCUCCCUCCCUCCUCUCAACCAACCCUCUCCUAGCGCCCUCUCCCUCAGCAACGAGCGGCAUCUUGAACUACCCAUGACCUACGAUCAGCUGAUGACCGCGAACACCAACCUCCGGACUCGAGUGUCGGAGCUGGAAGUCAUCAACAUGGUCUAUUCGGACAACGAAAACAGCAUUCGCAAGGAACGCGACCGAGCCAUUCAAGAACGCGACGAGCUGAAGCGGAAGGUCGAUGAUUUGGAGAGACGGCUGCAAGAGGUAAAUGGCCAGGAAGGGGAACCACGAUCGAAGAAGCCGAGAUUGUCCAGCGAUUCGCGAGAAUGA